UGGCUCUCUAAUGAAGAAAUGAUGGCAUCAGAAGACUAUUUCCUCAGUUUUAAAGAAGAUAAUAAAUGUGAAUGUACAAAAAAUGGAAGCCCAAGUGAUUCUCCUAACAGGCUCUGUAAGGGCAUCCAAAGCAACAGUAGUAAUAAAGUUAAUAACUAUAGUAAAUGUUCCAGUCACUGUGGAAGUUUUCAGCUUGACUAUUCCAAUGACUUCCAUGCUAAUGCUUCAAGGAAGGCUAGCAGCAAUAGUAGCAGCAUUUGCUCAGAACAAAACAAUUGCGGAAGUUCUCAGAACUACUAUUAUGAAGACUUUCACACAGACUCUCUAGAAAGCUCUAGUAGCAACAGCAGCUGCUGCAGCAGUCCUUCAGAACAACCAGAAACAAAAGAGGAGGAAUUGCCAAAGGAGAAAAAAGGAAAUGAUCACCAACCCAAAGGGGCGAAGACAUUACCUAAGAAGAAACAGAAGCAAAAGACCUAUUUCAGCACUGACAGUAUUAUAAAUUCCCAGAAGACUAACAACGUGGCUCGCCGCUUAUUGUCAGCCAGACUCCACAAAGUUAAAGAGCUGAAAAAUGAAGUGUCUGUUUUGAAGAAUAAAUUGGAGGCAUCUAAUAUGGAAAAUCAGAUCUUGAAGCGACUUCAGUAUCGACAUUUGAAAGCAAUAAGUAAAUAUGAAAAUGCAGAGACAAAUCUGCCUGAUCUCAUGGCAAAACAAUGUGGUGAAGUGAGGACUCUAAGGACGCUUCUCAGGAAAUCGCAGGAGCAGGAGCGCAAUGCGUCCAGGAAGCUUAGAGACGUCGAAGCGCAACUGUUGAAGACAAAAGAUACCUUGCAGGCCCUGCAGAAACUUUCCGAAGACAAGAAUCUUGCAGAGAGAGGGGAACUUAAACACAGAUUAACAGGCCUCACACAAAGAAUGGAAAACGGUGAUAAAAGAAUUCUGGCCCUAGAAAAGCAGCUGCUGUUGAAUAAUACUUCCUUUAGUCAUCAGUUAGCAGUUGAGAAGAAAAAGACUGUUGAAGCUCAGACGAUCACCACGAAUUUGCGAAUGGAAAUCAAGAUGCUUAGCCAAAAAAUUAAGGAAAAAGAACGAGAACUUGGUAUAAGAAAUAUUUAUGCAAACCGGAUGCUUAAAAGUCAACAGGACAAAGCUGAUUCAGAGACUCCCCCAAAAGGUAGCAUAAUCAAAUCAGUACAAGUAGAUAUAAAACUAGAAGCAAUGACUCUUCAAAAGCACGAGACAGAGAAAAGUGCAGUUGCUUUAAAAGAGGAAUUGGCAACCAAAGAUAUAAAUGCAAAAGACAAACUAUGUGAUAUGCACAAAGAGAUGGAACUAAAGCCAGAAUUUCAUCAAACUGAAAAAUUACCAAUGCAACAAGUUCCAAAUAAAACAUGCACAGAGUUGCUAAGGGAAGAGAUAUGUCUGAGUGCAGAAAACUAUUUCAAAUGUGAGAACAUAGAAAGACAGAAGAACAGGAGAGAAAGGCAAGGGCUAGACCUAUUGAAAGAAGAGUUUGAGAAAUUAAGGACAGAACAAUCAUUUCAAUCUAAUGAUGUUCAACAAAAAGAGAAUAACUUGGAAAAAGCUGUAGUCCAGAAGCAAGAAAAUGAAGAAAGCAAGAGAGGUGAAGAGCCAAAAGAAGUAGUUUAUGAUAAACUGGCAACAGUAAUACAAAGACACAGAACACCAUCUAAAUUAAAGAAACAGUAUGUAUUUACAGAAGCUGUUGAAAAUUUGCAUCAGGGAUUGCCUUCAACAGGUCCACUAUCUAAUACGAGCACUACAUGCAGUAGUAGGCAGGUGAAUAGACACCAGGGUGAAACAGCAGAGUUUAAGGCAGGAGAUUCAGUCAGUGCCUAUGAGCCAUCAUUUGGUAAGGUUACCAAAGCAAGGCAAAAGGACAGCAGUUCAACACAUGGUGAAGACCACAUUGCUACAGUAUCAAUGGAGAAGAAAAACACUCUUAUGGAAGAACUCUUUGGUCCAAAAUGCAUCUUAAAAGACAGUCAUCCAAACCCUAACUUAAAAGAGGUGGGUAAGGAAAAAACUUUACAGAGUGAAAAGACAUAUGAUGAGAUUUCAUAUGUGAAUGAUGGUUUGCAGUGUGGUGAUUCCAAAGAAACCCACAUAAAGGUUUUCCACACAAUUGCAUUCUUGGACAAUUUUAAAUAAUUUAGUGUUUCAUAAUGUUUCCACCUUAAAAUAUACUCAGUAAUUUUAAGCUCUUGAAAACCAAUGUAUUACCUACUGAAGUCUGGAUCCCCCCCCCUGCAUUUAAUGAU